AAAAUAUAGCGCAGCAUAUCGGAUAAAAGUGGACUACUUUUUUGCAUUUACACUAAAUUGUUCCAUAUUUGCUACUACAUUUGGAAAACUUGUCAGUUACCCCUGGAUAUUCUCCAAUCCAAUAAUAAACUUCUGGCAACGUCGCAUUUUGUUCUAUAAAAGCGAUGCCAGACAUGCGUUUUGCCAUUCCGUCGGUUUCUCAAGUUGUCAUCUGUCAAAACUAGUGAAGCAGCAUGCUGGUACGCUGUCCAUGUGUAAUUUGAUUUAAAAAAAUCCUGUAAUUUGAAUAUACAGAUAACAUUUGUUUAUCCGUGUUAUUUGCAUACCGGCUUCUGGUAAUUUGAUACUGAAUACAUAUCCUCCAUAGAAUUUUGUUUUUCACUUGCCAAUUUUAUCGAUUCUUUUGUUUGAACCUAACCUGUGAUAACAAAAUAAUAUUUGAACGCCUUCAAACACGUGCGAUUUUGAUUUUGUGGCGAAUUAUUUUAAUCACUAAAUUUGUAAUUGGAGCAGCGGAAUAUAACAAAAGAAAAAUGAAUAACGUGAGUCACAAUGAUACAAACUCAAAGCAGAAUGAAGCUCUUGACUUGGAAGAUGGACUGACAGCAAAAGAAUUGAUCAACAAGGGAAGUGGCUUAACAUACAAUGAUUUUAUCAUCCUGCCUGGAUAUAUUGAUUUUCCAGCUGACAGUGUUAAUUUAACAAGUCAACUGACAAAGAAGAUCACACUGAAAGCUCCAUUGGUUUCAUCUCCAAUGGACACAGUGACAGAAGCUGAAAUGGCUAUUGCAAUGGCUUUGUGUGGUGGCAUUGGUAUUAUCCAUCACAAUUGCUUACCAGCCUACCAAGCCAAUGAAGUUUCAAAAGUGAAGAAAUACAAGCAUGGUUUUAUCCACAAUCCUCUUGUACUUAGUCCCAAACACACUGUUUCUGACAUUUUGAAGGUAAAAAAGCAACACGGAUUUUGUGGCGUACCAAUCACAGAAACUGGAAAGCUAGGAGAUAAAUUAGUUGGCAUAGUAACAUCCCGCGAUAUAGACUUUCUGGAGAAUACCGAUUAUAACAAUAUCAAAUUAGAAACGAUCAUGACCAAGCUAGACAAUCUAGUAACAGCUCCAUCUGGCGUUACUUUAACCGAAGCAAAUCAUAUUUUGGAAAAAAGCAAAAAAGGAAAAUUGCCGAUUGUGAAUAAUCAGGGCAAUCUACUUGCUUUGAUGGCAAGGACUGACUUGAAGAAGGCCAAAAACUAUCCAAUAGCUUCAAAAGAUGAUAACAAGCAACUGAUUGUUGGAGCAGCUUUGGGAACUAGAGAAGAUGAUAAGGAACGCUUAGCUCUUCUAGCUCAGGCUGGGGUAGAUGUUGUCGUUCUCGAUUCGUCUCAGGGUAAUUCUAUUUAUCAGAUUGAGAUGAUUAAGUAUAUCAAGCAGAAAUAUCCUGGUUUGCAGGUCAUUGCAGGAAAUGUUGUGACGAAAAAACAGGCCAAAAACCUGAUAGAAGCAGGUGCUGACGCUUUGAGGGUCGGUAUGGGCAGCGGAAGUAUAUGCAUAACCCAGGAAGUUAUGGCUGUUGGAAGGCCUCAAGCAACAGCUGUAUAUAAGGUGUCAGAAUAUGCCAGACACUUUGGAGUACCUGUGAUAGCAGAUGGAGGCAUUCAAUCUAUAGGACAUAUCAUCAAAGCCUUAUCACUGGGAGCAUCCACAGUGAUGAUGGGUUCACUUUUGGCUGGAACAUCUGAAGCUCCAGGUGAAUACUUCUUCUCAGACGGCGUGAGACUGAAAAAAUACAGAGGAAUGGGUAGUAUAGAGGCGAUGGAUCGUAAAGAUGCUGAAGGUGCUGCAAUGAACAGAUAUUUCCACAAUGAAGCGGAUAAGCUGAAGGUUGCCCAAGGUGUAAGCGGUUCUAUAGUUGAUAAAGGCUCAGUAUUGAGAUUUGUUCCUUAUUUGCAAUGUGGUAUCAAGCACAGCUGCCAAGAUAUAGGGGUUAGGUCACUUACGGAUUUGAGGGAGGCUAUGUAUUCUGAUAACCUACGCUUUGAGCUAAGAUCUCAUUCAGCCCAAAUUGAAGGCAAUGUUCACAGUUUGUUUUCGUAUGAGAAAAGACUGUUCUGAGAUGCACCAUCAUCGAGAAUUUUCAACAAACAGUAACCGGAAGUUUCCGCUGUUCUCAUUAUUCCUGCGAUCUAUCAUGUGUGAUUUUUUUAUUGUAUUAAUUUUUUAUACCCUGCUAUAAAUGUCAUUUUUUUUAAAUAUUAUACUGACGAAAUAUGUUGACAAAGUGUGCCUACUUUGACAUCUGCUAUACAUAAAUAAAUGUACAAAAUCCAAAAUGUAAUUCAUUCAUCUAAAACGAAAAGGCCAAAUUUCAUGACUGUAUUAAAAUAUUUGACAAUGUAUUUUUCCCAACCCAGAGUAUUUUUUCUGCAAGCAAAUGUGUAUUUUUAUAUAAAUUAGUGAGAAAUACGUGUAUAGUGAAAAUAUAUGGCAUUUUUGUAGUUUUUCUUGUUAGGUUGAGUUAUAGUAGGUGAUUUUUGAGUACAUAUAUGAGAGAGACAACUCGUUAAAAAGUAUUGAAAAUGUGAUUCGUAAAAUCAAUAAAUCAUCCACUGUAAUUUAACUUAAAUAUUAUGGUAAUUUUCCAAAAUAGAUUCAUGUAAUCUGUGAACCUAGAGGAUUAAUGUUAUUAGACAGGCAUUUCGUGAUUGUAAGAAAUUGUUAUAAAAGUGAAAUAAACUAUAAGAGAAA